AAGACAAACACAAGAUGCCUGAGCAUUGUGCGGCGUAUUCCUGCUCAAACCGGCGGACUUUGGAUGCCAGGGCUCGGGGGAUUACUUUUCACAAGUUUCCCAAAAAAGAUGUGAGGAAGAAGUGGGAAGUGGCCUUAAGGAGAAAAGGCUUCACUGCAACAGACUCAUCUGUGCUCUGCAGUGAGCAUUUUAAGCCAGAAGAUUUUGACCGGACCGGUCAGACUGUGAGACUUAAAGAUGGCGUUAUUCCAUCAAUCUUCAACUUCCCGCUUCACCUCCAAAGACCAAAAAAGGGCAGGACCACAUCUACCUCCAGAAGAGCUGAAGAGAGCAUGUCAGCGGCCUCUCAGGAUGAGACUUCAGCCUCACUCCCACAACCUCAGCCUAAUGAUGAUCAUGGCUAUGCCUUGCCUGCUUCCCCUACUGCUCUUAAAGCCAAACUCCUUGAAGCCUUAGCCAGAGUGGAAAGUCUGGAGCGAGAGAAGAAGAAUGCCUUGGCCAGAGAAAAAAGGGCGAGGACCACAGUCAAGUAUUUUGGCGGACUUGAAGGAGAAUAAUCUGAUCAAUGAAGAGCUCAAUGAGAAGCUCGAAUUCUACUCAGAUCUUCGGAUUGACUUGACAAAGCGGGGCCAUGAAAACCUAAAGGAGUUCAAGGAAUUUGCCCUCACAGUCCAUCCAAAGGCAUACAGAUGUCUCAGAGAGACACAACAUUUUCCUCUCCCACAUACAUUGCAAAGGUGGCUGUGUUCAGAGGAUGACAAGCCUGACCUGAGCAAGAUGAUGCUGGUUAUGCUGGAGAGAAGAUGCCAGGAAGACCAUGCUAAACAUGGAUGUAUCACACUCAUGUUGGAUGUCAUGGCCAUCAGAAAACAUGGACAAUAUAGUCUAUGAAAAUAUAUAUGAUUUACACAUAAAAUAAAACUGUAUAUGUUCAUAUAUAUUGAAAUAGCUGAGUUUAAUUUAUUUUUUGCUUCUAUUACUGUUAAGCCCAGAAUAAAUGAUAAAAUAUGCCAACCCAUGUGUACUGGAUCAUAGCUACAUGUAUGAUGUUUGCAACAAAAAAAAAAGUGAAAAUCAGUUGAGUAUUCAGCGAGUUAUUAUCUAUUAAGGACUCUUGGUUGCGCCUGUCAAACAGUUUGCAUCAAGUGGAGCGGGCGACUGGUCCGAGAUGGCUCCCCGUAGCUCGUCAGCACCAAUAGGAAGUAGCGGUCGAUGCAGCAUCUACUCUAUUAUAUCUAUGGGUACACUCUUCUCACUUGACCACCAUUGUCUUACCUUUAAACACUAGCUCAGCUUAUAUUCUGAAUACAGAAUAGCCUCUAUCAAGCUAAUAUAUCAUCUUGUAACUAUGAUGCCAUGCUGGAAAAACAAUUCCCUUCUUUAAAAGGCAUAAACAAAUGUAUUAAAGUCAAAGCCCUUCCACUCACCAUUCAAUUGCUAGAAUUGUAGAUGCCUGAUAAACGGUUUCCUCCAAACAAUUUUCUUAACUGAUUAUUCUUUAUGCAACUUCAUUUCAUUAUUAACCUG